AACUGCUCCUGCGACUAUUUAAAUCUCUGUGGCCCUCUUCAGAGGGCAUUAUUCACUUUAGGAAGUCCAUUCAGAAGGUGCUGAGCAUAAGAACAGGAGAAGCCAGGAUGGCAGCAGACAGCAACAUGUCUCCUGAAGAGAAGCCGAGCACAGCUCCUGUGAAAAGGGCUGUCCACAAGAUCCGAAUGGCCAGCCAGGUCUUCAGCUUGGCACGAGGCUGGCAGCAGUGGGCAUCUGACCACCAUGUAAAGCAAGAGCAAGAGCCCUCUGGAUGGGUCCCCGCUGCAGUAAGCUCAUCAGCUCAGCCUGUACAAGAAAGUUCCUUUGAAAAAUGGCAAAUUCCAUCUGUCAAGAGGGACCAAGAAAAAGAUGAUGAAAAAUCCUUAGCAAAGGAAUCAGUGACAAUAACAGAUGCUGAAAAAAAAUCAAGGGAAUCGGAUGAAGACCUCAAAACGUUCAGCAUUAAAAGCAAAGAGGUGACCAAAACAGUCGUCAGCAAAGCCUAUGAACGAGGGGGUGAUGUCAGCCUCCUCAGUGAAAGAUAUGAGAACAACAGCAGUCCUGAGAUGACCAAACUCAAAGAAGAAUCAAGUGCUAUUGACAAAAUUCUUAGUGGCAAAUUACCUUCAGCCAUAAGAAGGAAGUGUUCAAAUGUGGUAUCCGAGCUGACCAAGGGCUGGGAGAAGAUGGAAGAGGACAAAGAUGGGGACAAGGGAGAGCUGCUGCUUAAGUGUCGUGAUGACAGCCUGGAUGCCCAGGACAGUGGCUAUGGGGAAGCAGAGGACAAGCUCGAGCAGGAAGACAGUGACCGGGAGGUGACAGCUGUGAGGAUUAAACGGCCUGCCCCAUCUCUCACCAGCCGGCUGAGUGAGGAGGCGCGGAGCAACGCGCGCAGGAAAUGCAGCGCUGUGCACAGCCUCAAGGACAGGUGGCAGGAAUGGGCCGACCAACACAUCAUAACACAGAAGCUGAACCCCUUCAGCGAGGAGUUCGAUCACGAGCUGGCCAUGGCCACGCGCCUGCACAAAGGAGAUGAAGGAUACGGCCACCCAAAGGAAGGAACCAAAACUGCUGAGAGAGCCAAGAGAGCUGAGGCCCACAUCCACCGGGAGAUCAGGGACAUGUGCUUCAUCAUUGAAUCCAUGGCCAAGCCACGGCCCGACGGCAAGAUCCAAGUCACUUUUGGGGAACUCUUUGAUAGAUACGUUCGUAUUUCAGAUAAGGUUGUUGGGAUUCUGAUGAGAGCCAGGAAACACGGGCUGGUGGACUUUGAAGGAGAAAUGUUAUGGCAAGGAAGAGAUGAUAAUGUCAUAAUUACUUUAUUAAAAUAAGUUAGGCUAUAACCAGAACAACUUUUGGAAAACUCUUCUCCCUUGCCAUUAGCAUUUGCACAUUUUGAAUAUAAGAUUCCCCUGUUCACCACAUAGAAAACAGUAUUUUUUUAAAUAUGUAUUUUAUAACUAGUGAGUGAUAACCCAAACAUCCGAAUGGACUUCAUUUUGUACCAGAAGGCAAUUAAGGCAAUUGCAGGACAAUUAAGUUAAUUACUACCUGGAAAAUAAGGAGAAUGAGCAGCUGAUGAUAAAAGCCCAUAGAAAUAUAAAUACCUACAAACUAAUUCCAACUUCUUGUUACAUUAUGAUAUUCCCAACUUGUUUAAACUGGAAUGUCAGGAAUAUGAAACAUGCCAGAUCAGAAGCUGAAUGACAAUAUAAACUCAGAGAAAUUUUUUGAUCUGAAAAAUGGUCUUGUGCAUGCACUUCCUAAUUAAUUGAUAUGAAUACAAGUAAAAUUACCUAUUUUAAUACAGAAUCAGGGACAUCACAUUUGUUUUCUUUAGAAGCACAAUAUGUAACGAUUACUACAGUAUUAUCUUGUUGAUACAACUGUUGACACAGCUUUCUCUUACGUAUCAUAUAAAAAAUGCUUCUUUUUAUAAAUGGGGUUUUAUAUAUUCAUUGUAUUUAUAUAACUAUUUUAGAUUGUUUCAUAUUUAAGCUUAUGGAGGUUGGAAUAUAAUGAAUAAAAAAAAGUUUUGAUUAAAUAGCUACCUAAAAAGUACCUUCUAUGAAUCAUUGUGCAAUGUCUCAUCUGAUUAUCUAUGCAGAUAUCAUUGUUAUAAAUACAGGGAAAAAUAAUAUGUAACAUAUAAAAACUAGCCAGGUACUUGUACUUUUGUAUACAGCAAAAAAAGUGACUAACAUCAUUAUCUUCCAUUCUGAAAUGUACCUCUGUGAGAAAAGAAAAGGCACUCAUAACUUUGAGGAAAAUAUUUUUCCACAUUACACAGAAAUACUGACCUAAUUUUAUACCACUUGCCAUUCCAAUGUCACUGAAACUAUGUACUUCAGUCCAGGUGAUGCUGAAGAGGACUAAAUGCUAAUGAACUAAUAAUACUAACACUUAAAAUCGUAUUAUUCACAAAUCUGAGAACUCUGUCAGGUCUCUGCUGCUUACUGGAUUAGAGAGGUCAGUUUCUCUACUACUGUAAAAAUUGAUGUCCUGGUAAAAUGUGUACACUUCACAUGAAAAGCAUUUGUUUCAGAGAAGAUGUCUGGGCAAGUAAUGCAAAAGAAGUGUUUUUUUCCCCUUAAGAUUCUUUCAAACUGAAAGAGCAAAUAUCUUCUUACAGAAGUAGAGGUGUAUUAACGUCUUGUUUCUGAUAGAACAAAUAUUGCUGUCUUAAUUAUGAGUACAGGUACUCCAGUUUGAAGCUUCAAUAUACAAAUAAAACAAAUAUUUUAUAACUUAAUGAUAGAAGAACCGACUACUAUAUCUAUUCUAAAUCUAUGUAAAUCACGAAUACCUUAAACAUAGUUAUAUUAUGUGACUCUAGGGAAGAAAAAAUUAAUUGUAAGAUGGAAUCAAUGGAGCUCAUUUAAUGUUUUCUUGAGAUCUCUUAGACUACUCAAGUUGACCUACAAAAUUGAUGUCUUAGUGUAAUACUUACAUAAUUUUUACCUGCAUAUUAACUUAUUCUUUACAUCUUUAUAUAAUGACUUUUUAUAGCUGUCUAAAUUGUCUUGACAAAAUUUUGUUGUCAAAGGAACACGAAGUAUAAAUAAAACCUUUAUUAUUUCUUGGAUUUUUCUCACA